AUGGCUUUCCACAAGGCUUUGAAGAGUUCUGCUUACCACUCCCGUUUCCAAACCCCCUUCCGUAGAAGACACGAAGGUAAGACCGAUUACUACCAAAGAAAGAGAUUGGUUGCUCAACACAAGGCUAAGUACAACAGUCCUAAGUACAGAUUGGUUGUUAGAAUCACCAACAAGGACAUCAUUGCUCAAAUCAUCUCUUCCCAAAUCACUGGUGAUAUUGUUUUGACUGCUGCUUAUUCUCAUGAAUUACCUCAAUACGGUAUUACCCGUGGUUUGACCAACUGGUCUGCUGCUUAUGCCGUUGGUUUGUUGGUUGCUAGAAGAGCUUUGCAAAAGUUGGGCUUGGACGAAACCUACACUGGUGUUGAAGAAGUUGAAGGUGAAUACGAAUUGGUUGAAGCCGUUGAAGAUGGUCCAAGACCAUUCAAGGUCUUCUUGGACAUUGGUUUACAAAGAACCACCACUGGUGCCAGAGUUUUCGGUGUCUUGAAGGGUGCUUCUGACGGUGGAUUGUACAUUCCUCACUCUGCUAACAGAUUCCCAGGUUGGGAUAUCGAAUCCGAAGAAUUGGAUGCUGAAGUUUUGAGAAAGUACAUCUUUGGUGGUCACGUUUCCGAAUACAUGGAAGAAUUGUUGGAUGACGAUGAAGAAAAGUACAGAACUUUAUUCAAGUCUUACCUUGCCGAUGAAAUCGAAGCUGACGAUGUUGAAGGUCUUUACGAAGAAGCUCAUGCUGCUAUCAGAGAAAACCCAGUCUUCAAGCCAACUGAAAAGAAGUUCACCAAGGAGCAAUACGCUGCUAACUCCAAGAAGUACAGACAAGUUAGAUUGACCAAGGCUGAAAAGCAAGCUAAGAUCGACAAGGCUAUUGCUGACUUCCAAGCUGCUAACUAA